AUGCGAGAGUUGGACAAGCCGGCCGCUUUGUUCAUCGCCCCAGACGAAUACGAUUCACGGUAUCUCGACGGCACAUCGAUCGGCUAUGACGGUCUCUCAGAUAUGGAACCGGUUGCGAAACGACCGAGGCCUUCUGAGCGGAUAAUGCUCUACGUCCGAAAACGAGAUGAUCAGAUCUACACUCCCCUGCACGUCAUACCGCCUUCCUUAGAUGGUUUAGCACAAGCCGUUGCCCACAAAUUCGGGAUCGAUUCUCAAAAGAUCAGCGGGCUCUACAAGCGAUGUGCCAAAGGAGUUACGGUUAAAAUGGACGACGAUAUGCUUCGCCAUUACUGUAAUGAGGACACAUUUAUCCUGGAUGUGGAAGCUGCCCCGGAAGAUUCCACGUGCUUUGCCGCCACUCUUGUCGAAAUCAUGCCGCCACAGUAUCAAUCGAGUUCCGGUUAG